GUCACGUGAGGAGCAGCUGCCGCGCGACACUUCCGCCUGGUCUCGCGCGAGUGUUUACUUGCUGAAUGCAGAAUGGACAGAAGCGGAUUAACAGUCAUGGGACUGUGAUUUCCACUGUGGUCAGCUCUAUGAGGACAACCACUGUAGUCUAAUCGUCAUGCAGCACCCAAAUUUCGAGACAAGACAUCCGCUGCAGCCAGAAGAGCAGGAGACCGGUUACGACCCCUUGCACAACUUUAACCGGAACAAAUCACGAGGACUGUCGGACAGUGCAGUUGAAUCAACCUUCCAGUCAUACAGAAAAGAGUGGGAUGACUUGUUCCAGAACAGUAACUAUCUGGCACGGAUCAGGCAGGCAGGCAUUAAUGGCCGAUUGCGGAGCAGCCGAUUCCGCAGUGUGUGCUGGAAGCUCUAUUUAGAUAUCCUGCCUGAGGAUAAGAGCCAGUGGAUCAAUAAGACCAAGGAGCUCCGAGCUCAGUACGAGCAGAUCAAAGAGACGCACAUCACAAACCCACGCAAAGCAGCAGGCCAGCAGGACCUGGUGGUGAACAACCCUCUUUCUCAGGAUGAGGGAAGUUUGUGGAACAAGUUUUUCCAGGAUAAAGAGUUGCGGAGUAUGAUAAAGCAGGAUGUACUGAGAACGUUUCCGGAGAUGCGGUAUUUUCAAGAGGAGGAUGUUCGGACUAAACUGACUGACAUUCUUUUCUGCUACGCACGAGAAAAUGAGCAGUUACUGUAUAAACAGGGGAUGCAUGAGUUGUUGGCUCCAAUAGUUUUUGUCCUCCACUGUGACCAUCAGGCCUUCCAGCAUGCCAGUGAGACCGCCAGUCCCAGUGAAGAGAUGAAGGUGCUUCUGGAUCCAAAGUUCCAUGAGCAUGAUGCAUAUGCCAUGUUCUCGCAGCUUAUGGAGACAGCAGAGCCUUGGUUCUCUAGUUUUGAGCGGGAGGUGAGGAAGGGAAAAGAAGAGAUGCUGACCAGCAUACCUUUUGCUAGACCGCAGGACUCUGGCCCUUCCGUUGCCAUAGUAACCAAAGUAAACCGCAUUCAGGACCAGCUGGUGAAAAAGCAUGAUAUUGAACUGCACAUGCAUCUCAACCGCUUGGAGAUUGCUCCUCAGAUAUAUGGCAUUCGUUGGGUGCGGCUGUUGUUUGGUAGAGAGUUUCCUCUGCAGGAUCUACUGGUGGUGUGGGAUGCACUGUUCGCAGACAGCAUCACUCUGGACCUGGUGGAUUACGUGUUUGUGGCCAUGCUGCUCUACAUCAGAGACGCAUUGAUCGCCAGUAACUUUCAAACAUGUCUUGGCCUCCUGAUGCACUACCCCCCAGUUGGAGACAUCCACUCUCUUCUGCACAAAGCACUGUUCCUGAGAGACCCAAAGAACAACCCAAGGCCGGUUAACUAUCAGUUCCAGCAGAACCUUGACUACUACAAAACCCGUGGAGCUGACCUUGUCAACAGGACGCGGGCUAGCACUAAAGCAGCUCCCCUAAAUAUUAACAAAGUCUCCAGCUCUCUGAUCAGCUUUGGCAGGAAGCUCAUUGCCCCAAUGGGUGGCGGCUCCAGCGGCAUCUCGCCCAUCAACAGUGAGGUGCUCUCAGCUCCGCCAUCACAGCCUCAGGUGCCUCGGGCGUUGGUUGAGCAUUCGUCUAGCACCUCCUCUCACACUCAUAUGCAGGCACAGGCGCAGCACCGUCUGCUGAAGUCUGAGAGUAUGCCCGUGCACCUUAGCAAAGAUGUAGGUUCUACUGGAGUAUCUCAGAUCUCUCUUCCCACCCAAAUACUCUCUGACAUGCAAGGCCAGACAUCCAGGACUGUAAGCUCCUCCCCGAGUACUGAGAGCUUAUCUGGUGGGCGGGACCAUGCUAUGUCAUCCCCUCCUCUUCCGGUGUCCAGGGGACGGGAGUCCAGCACGUCGUCCCCGCCCCUCUCGGCCACAAAAAAAGACUCGUUCUUCAACAUCAGUCGCUCCCGCUCACACAGCAAAUCCAUGGGCAAGAAGGAUAUGGAAGAGUUGGAGGCCCAGGUUUCAUUCCUCCAGGGGCAGAUCAAUGAUCUGGAGGCCAUGAGCAAAUACUGUGCUAAGAUGAUGAACAUGCAUAUCGGCAAAAUUCAGGAUGUGAUACUGCAGGAACAUCUGGAAAAAGAGGAUGAAGUACUGGUGUCACUUGCUGGACUCAAACAGAUCAAAGACAUUUUAAAGGGAGCUCUACGCUUUAACCAGAGCCAGCUGGAGGCCGAAGAGAAUGAGGAGAUCACCAUAUCAGACAACCACUACUGCUCUACAGCCCAGCACAGAGCUCAACAGGAUGGCUCCACAGCUGCUACUGCUGAUACUGAUACUGAUUGUGCACAAAUCAGUUCUCAGCUGGACCCCAGCCACCUCUCAGAGCAAGAGAAAGAGAUAGAGAUGCAGGAGGAAAAGCUGAUGCGAAGUGAAGGAGCGCCCACAAUAGAGUCACAGGCUGCUGAAGGGAGGAACUGGGACGAUUACAUUCUGGUCUCACAGGAUGGAGAACUCCAGCCAAAUGAGAGCGAGGAGCAUGGAGGCUCUGCCAUUGCCCCGACCUUCAAGCAUGGACGACCUUUCAACAAGGCGGAAUUUCAGGAUCCUCUUAUGGGAACCACCUCUGGCUCGUCCAGUCCUGAUGGGGGCAGCACUAACAGCAAGGACUCUGAUUUUACCAUCGUUAAUCCUGCUGACAUUUGAACGGUGUAGUUCAGGCAGCCUGCCCUGUCUUUGGAUCUUUGACCUUUAACCCCCUUUAGGGGAUAAGCCACUCAGCUGGACUUUUGCACAUAUGAACUUGGGCAGAAUGCCUUAUGAACCCCUAAGUCCCCAGACCCCAUUCCAUAACCUGCUCCCUUGACCUUGUUCAUAUUUCCUAUAGACAUAUAUGUAUAUUUCCUACAGACCAUAAUCGUCUGUCUAUACAGCUGUAUCCUCUGAUCCACAGCCUAUGUCAGCACCUUUGGUUUAGCUUUUUAGUUGCUCUGUACUGUAAUUUACCUUAAAACACAUUUGCACCCAGAAAUUUGGACACCUACAGUUUACUUGAUGAAUCUUAAUACGAUCCCAUACACUGCACACUAUAACGUAAUAUAUUAAUAAGCCCCUCAUAUACUCCCCUUCAUGCAGUGUGGCUCUUACUAGUGCUGUACUCUUCAUCAGUACUCAGACUAUUCUCUUCCUCUCCCUCUCUUUGCAUACCGACUAUAAUAAUGUUGAUGGCAAAGCGUCUCUUAAACCUGCCAGAGAAGGGGGAGCCUUAAUCAUCUCCAUGAACUGCAUCAGUAACAUCUAUUUCUCUCCAGCAUUGAUUGUUUAUUAUCCAGUGCCUGAAUACAUGUCAAUUUAUGUAUCUAUUGACUUCUUCUGUUCCCCUUUUUAUUUUUUUCUAAUGGAUUUUAACCCAUAGAUGCAAUUUAAGCUUUUGUUAAAUUAUGAUUUUUUUUUUUCACCUUUUUUUUUAAAUCAGUGAUAUGCGAACUCUUAUGUUCUACUAGGUUAUGUUCCUCGUGUCCUUUAUCUAAUUUCUCUUGGUUCCCAUGGUAGCUGUGUAUGGCAUUGCACAAGAGGGAUGUUCUCAUAUUGAAAUGUUGAAAUGAUAUUAACUCCAGAUGAAUAAAAAAGGCAUUAUUGCUCUUGACACAA